GUGAUAAUCUUUGUAUGUUUUGUGUUGCGCAGUCUUGCCGUAGUGUGUUUGAGCACGUGUAUUGUUUAUUGACGAAAUUGAAAAUAUUCACAGAAAAUGCAGGAAUCUAUUAAAAUGGAGGUUGACGAUAGCGUAGUGAAGGACGAAAAUAUUGAUGCUCCAGAAAUCAGUUACGAGGAAAAGCUACAAUUUGUGAAUGCCAUUUCCAAACCUAUGGCAUCAAAGAAGCUAACCAAAAAGAUUUACAAAUGUAUAAAGAAAGCGUCUAAACAUAAAACUUACUUGCGCAACGGUUUAAAAGACGUCCAGAAACAUCUUCGUAAAGGUGAAACAGGGUUGGUUGUCUUUGCUGGAGAUGUCUAUCCCAUAGAUAUUAUGUGCCACUUACCGAUUGUGUGUGAAGACAAAAAUAUUCCCUAUUGUUUUACUCCAUCAAGAAUGGAUAUUGGUGGGGCAAUGGGCAUGAAGCGUGGUAGUCUUAUGGUGCUCAUAAAGGAACAUCCCGACUACAAGGAACUUUAUGACGAAAUUAAACUUGUGAUGAAAACUCUUUCUGCGCCUCUAUAAUUUUUGCAUCUAGACUAAACUUGUAUAUUAUAUGCUUGUAUAAUUUUGUAUAUUGUAUUCAAAUUAUACAAUAUAUAAAUUAGUUUUUAAUUAAUUACUUUUAAUCAAUAAUGUGUAUGACAAAUGAAAAUCAUACAAAGCAAACAUUUUAUCGAUUAAAUUAGGAUCUAGUUUGUAUAAAUUAUCUCUAUUUUUCAUUAAACCAUUUUACAUACACA